AUGGCGCGCACGGCCGCGGUCGCGGUCUUCCUGAGUCUUCUUGCAGCCGCUGCAUCAUCGGAGAUUCCAUCGGAGCUGGUGCCACCGGACCAUGAGUCCCUUCAGCACCUUACCUUCUUGGAGGUUCUGCACGUGGAGCAGGGGCUUGCGGAGCCCAAGGCGAGUGGGCUCCGCAUGCCGUCGCCGCCGGUCCCCGGCCUGGUGAACCUGGCGAUCCAGGGCCCCGGCUUGAUCCUGCAGGCUUUGAUGGGUGGUGUGGAGCUGCCGGGCGCACUGGACUCCAAGUACGAAGAUGGCACGGCGUUGGGGAGCGGCACCUUUGGCAUCACCUUCCUGGCCACCCGAAAAUCCGACCACCAGAAGGUGGCUGUGAAGGUCUUCAAGUAUGGCGGUGUUUGGGCGUCGCCGGGAACCUGCACGAAGCUGGAGUGCAUUGCCCAUCUCAAGAUGAGCGCGUCGGAAUGUCUGGACACCCAGCGCAUCCAUCAGGCUGAUAGCCUGGAUCAGGAGGCAUCCGAUCACGUGGUCAAGUGCCUCUUUGACGGUAUCACGCCGGGGUUGGAAGGCGGCACUUCGCAGAGUCAGCCUUAUUACAUCGAGCUGAGCUUUGCCGGGCGCGACGACGUGGACAAAUGGUGGGGGAAGAGGCUGACCAAAAGCCUCGCCGACGAGGCCUACGUGCAAGACGUGAAGUCGGUCGCCAAGGGCGUCUACCUCGGGCUUCGCUUCAUGGGGGAGAGCAAGACGGCAGUGCACUAUGUUCAUGCCGACUUGAAGCCUCAGAACAUGGUGGUCAACGAGGACACCGGGCAAGUGGUCAUCGUGGACAUGGGCACGGUCCUGUGCGAUGGCGAUGGCCAGACGUGCGCGAAGAAAACCAGCGGCACCACCCCAAUUUUUCGACCCCCCGAGGUUUCGCAUCUCUCCCUCUUUCAGCCACAAGUGGGUUGGCAGAAGCCCGUGUGGUCGUUCGACGUCCACUCGGCUGCCCUCUCCAUCCUGGGCAUGGCGACGGAUGGGAAAUCUGGGUUGGUGAUGCCAGGUGGAGAAACUCUUUCUGCAGUCCCUGUCAUCACAUACAUGCUGUCGAAUGGUGUUCAGAACUCAAUGGCAAAUUGGCCCACGGUGCGGAGGGUUGUGGAGUGUGCCGAAGCCGAAGCCCAGCCCAACACGCAGCCGUACUUUAACGCCCUUCUCCGGUGCACGAAUGAGGAAUCCAUUGUCCACUACAAGAAGCUGUUCGAGGAGCGCCUCGCGCAGGUUCGCGACGCCUCGGGCGACGCGCGCAAGGCGGCUCUUGCGAGUCUCGUGCACUGCCGCACGUCGAAGACGUCCCCCGCGGCCCUCUACGCCAUGCCGGCCCUCCCGGAAACUCACGUGCCGAAGUUCUUCUGGACUUUGGUGGACGACUGGAUGAAGACAGGCUUUGACGAGGUGCUGCUGAAGGCCCUCAGCACGGAGCCCAAGGAUCGGCCCAAGCCCAGCGCGAUCCUGGAAGCGCAGUGGUUCGCAGCAGAUGCACCGCAGGUCUCGGGCACGGAGGUGGAGUUCACCUGCCCAGACUAUCCGCUUGCCCCGGCACGGAUGCAGUACAUGGCUGGCAUUAUUGCUGGGGUCUUGGCCCUUGUCAGCUGCUGCGUUUGCUGCCUUGGAACUUGUGUCACGUGCUGCGGCCACCAAAUUCCUGCCUGGAAGUGGGCCACCGUUUGGGGAGGCUUCAUGACCAUGGUAUCUCCCUUUUUCGCGCGCUUUCUGAUCGAGAAUGUCUUUUUCUGGACGUGGUUGCUUCUCAUGGUUCCCCUCGGCCUAGCGAUGAUGAGCCUAAAUUGGCUUGCAGGUGACGAGGAUGAGAAGUCCAAAAGGAAGAGGCUCACUAUCAUCACGCUGGCCACUGCGGCUGGAAUUGGUUGCAGCAUGACCAUGGAGGAUCCCAUGAAACUAGCGGCCAAGAUUCCUAUGGUUUUGACUUUCGGCCCGGUACAGGUUGGUGCGAUGAUUUGGAUGUGGGCCUUGUUCGCAAAUAGUCUGAGGUGCUGUGUCUGGGCUGGUGCCUUCGGGCUUGUUUCGGCUGUAAGUGUUAUGACAGGAAAGGCUCGUGCCCAAACUGACUCCACAGGGUCUACGGUGGAGCUGGGGUAUGUAUGA